AUGGCAUCAACGACAAUGAGUGCUUUGCAAAGUCUUCGAGAUGAGACAAUCUUCACUCAGUUUUACGAGGAAGUUGUUGAAAAAGCAAAACAGAUGAACAUCGAUGAUGCUGUUCUUCCUAGACAAGGUAGUAUUCCUCGUAAACUUGAUGAUGGGACAGCAGCACAUAAUUUUUUAUCGUGUGCAGAUAUGUAUAGGAAAGAUUUCUACGAGGCAUUAGAUCUGCUUUUAGCUGUCAUAAAGUCUAGAUUUGACCAACCAGAACCAUCUUCUUUAAGCAAUGGUAAAAGACUAGUUGGUACUAAUAAUCCAGUAGCGUUCUACGCCUACAUGUCAAAAUCGGAGCAAAAUCCAAGCAAUCAUCAUAUGGUCAUUUUUGACGUCAUCAAAACGAAUUUCGGUAGGGGAUAUAACGGACACAGUGGGACGUUCACAGCUCCUACUGCUGGGAUUUAUGUAUUUACAUGGACUAUCUACACUGGUGACCAUGGUAGAUGUGAAUUUGGUAUUUACGUCAAUGACGAUAUAAUGAGCAGCACUUUUGGAGAAACAGAUGACGAUGUCGCAGAUUAUGAUUCCGAUUCGGGGACUAUAGUUGUAGCAUUAAAUGCGCAUGACGAUGUUUAUAUUCGAUCACUCAUGGCUUGUACUACAUUUAUAGAGAGCAUUCGUUGGUACACGAGAACUACAUUUGCUGGAUGGAAACUCGACUAA